AUCGGUGGUCGCGUCUAUAACGCCGGAUCGAUUCUCGGGACGCGUGCGUGAGCGUCAUGGCGGACGUGGGGAAGGUCAGCUCAGGCGUUUUCGCCAAAAACGCCAAGAAGCGGAUCACCAGGGCCCAGGAGAAGGUGCUGCAGAAGUUGGGAAAAGCUGAUGAGACCAAGGACACACAGUUUGAACAGCUGGUGCAGAACUUCAGCAAGCAAUAUGGUGAAGGAACCAGGCUACAUAAAGAAGUCAAGGCCUAUCUGGCAGCAGUCAAAGCCAUGCACGAGUCAUCCAAGAAGUUGAUUGAAUCGCUUCAAGAGAUUUACGAGCCAGACUGGUAUGGAAAGGAGCUCAUUCAAGAUAUUGCGGAGCGGAACAAUGAACUAUGGGAAGAUUUUCACCAGAAGCUGGUGGAUCUGGCAUUACUCACCCUCGAUAUAUACUUGGGGCAGUUUCCUGACAUAAAGACACGUAUUGCCAAACGCGGCCGGAAACUGGUGGAUUACGAUAGCACCAGACACCACCUGGAAGCCUUGACAUGCACGAGGAAGAAGGAUGACUCCAAAAUAAGCAAGGCAGAAGAAGAUUUUCUGAAGGCUCAGAAGGUAUUUGAGGAGCUGAAUGUGGACCUGCAAGAGGAGCUGCCAAUCCUUUGGAAUAGCCGUAUUGGAUUUUACGUGAACACUUUCAGAAGCAUUGCAAGUCUGGAGGAGAAAUUUCACAGAGAGAUUGGUCUGCUGAACCACGAGCUGUACGAGGUGAUGGUGAAGCUCGGCGACCAGCACGCUGACCUGGCCUUCAGCAUUCGAGGUGCACCCAGUGAUUCAGGGCCACUGAAGAUAACGGAGACCCCGUGUUCCCCGCCGGAGAUCACCGUGCAAGCCCCCACCUCCCUCUUCACGGGUGAUGAGCAGGCACUUGGUCCAAACCACAUGUCAGCUCCUCUCAAGUCUCCAUCACUGGGACGCAAGGGGCCGCCAGUACCACCACCACCGAAGCUUACGCCCAGCAAGGAAGUGCAGCAGGAAGCUAUCUUCAGCUUGUUUGAUGACAACUUUGUCCCAGACUUUAGCAGCGCACCGGCAGAAGCAGCUAAGAAGGAUGAGGGGAGCUUGUUGGACAUCGAUUUUGACCCUCUGAAGCCAGACAUGGCCACAACUCCCAUGAGCCCUGCCAUAAACCAGACGUUACUGUUUGAUCUUGCAUGGGAGGCAAGUCCUCAGCAGGUGCAACCUCCUCCUCAGCCUGUGAUGCCGGUUGAAACUGUGAUUCCCGUUGAGCCUGUGAUUCCCGUUGAGCCUGUGAUUCCCGUUGAGCCUGUGAUACCAGCGCAGCCACAAUCAGAGCCUGUGCAAGGCCAUACCAGCAAUUAUAUGUUCACGGAUUACUUAUUCAGUGAGCAGCCAGGUAGUGCAGGUGAAAGCGAAGAAAAAGCUUGCUGGAGUUGGGAUAAACAGGAGGAGCUUGAAGUUUCACUUGUCCAACAUGAGCAGUGUAAUUCUGAAAGCGAACCUUUUAAAGUCGUCCUUGGCUCGUUUGACGGCAGUGUCAGUGCAGAGUUUUCUAUGAAGAGUGAUUGUGCAGAUGUAGAUGUAGGAGAGAGAAGUGUAGCUUCUGCACAAUUAGACGAACAGAGUGGUGAGGCUAUGCAGUUUGAGAGUCAAUGUGUGUCAUCUGCCCCUGAUAAAUCUGAAAGUUGUGAACAGGAUGGAGAUAUUUUGGAUGAGCCUCGUCAUGGUGCUUUGCAGUUAGCAGAUGAUGUGUGUGCUAAUGUUGAGUCAGAUCAAGAGCAAGGUAGGGGUAAUGAAUGGUCCCUUGAAGUGAUUCAUGACACAAAUGACCAUUCAGAGAAGGAAUCCGAUGAUGAAGGUCGAGUUGUAGGUAGUCUGUGCUCUGCAUACAAUGUGGCUAGCAGCUUAACAUCAAACAAGUAUGGAGAUAAACAAUCGGUAAAAGAUGAAGGAGUGUUCGCUGACGAUCACAGAGAACACAUGCAUGCCACUGACGAGGUUGCAGCUGAAACAUUAGACAUUCAGCCGAGUGCUGAAAAUGAGGAGGGCUUUGAUCAGCAUAGGAGACAGAGUAGUCAACAGGAGGCAGAGCCAGAAACAGCAGCUGAAGAAGAGGAAUACAAGGAUUCCCAUAUUGCUGUGAGUACACCGCUCCAUACUGAUGCGGGUCAAAAUGUAGAUAAGGAACAGUUGAUAAGACCUAGAUGUGAGACAGCUGUGGGAGUUGCAAGUAAUCCUGAUGUGUCAGUUAAUCAAUCCGAAGUUGAAAAAACGCACAUCUCCAUUGCAUCUGAGGAUUAUAGUAUUGAUUCUGAGUUAAAAAAAUGUAUCACAUCAAUUCGUUUAUUUUCCGAUAACAGAAUAGCUUGUGAGAAUGAUUGUACUCUGAAACAAGAGGAUGAGAUGUCAGGUUGCGAGACACUUACGAAUAUUUAUGCAACAGAAGUUACUGAUGAAAAACAUUUAGAUAUGUUAAACUUUUUUCCAGAUCAGGACAGUUGGUUGAAUGAGGCAUUUGCCAACAGAGGGGAUGAUUUUCAGGAAUUAAGCACUGAUUUAAAAAAAGUUCUUGAGGAUCCUUUGUCCUGUAAGGAUUUCAUUGCCUCAAAAACCCUAGUAAGUAAUAGCUGGACCCAGGAUGUGGACACAACCUCAGAAUUUGGCACAGCUGAUAAAAUAUACCAUCAGGAUAAUGUGAAUGAGCAGGGGCAUUCGGUGCCUGAUUGUAUGUCAGAGGUUGUUGGGGAAAGUUCUCGGGCAGAUGUUUCAUACACAAAAAGUGGUAAUGACAAAAGCAAAGAUGCCAAAAUACCUACAACAAAUACAGAUAACUGGGAUAGUAGACAUAGUAUGAAGGGAAGAAUUGGACAGAAACAUGAAGACAAUAUUGACAAUAUGCAAGAUAGACAUGAGGAGCUCCUCUUCAAAUCAGACGACAAAGAGAAAGAGGUAAUAACACAAUUUGAAUUAAACCAUAAAGCUCUUGAAACUCUGGUAGAGGAUUGUGGAAUUGUUUGUGAAAGUGAGAUAUCUUACAUGCAGGACAACACUAUUGCUACAGAUGCUGGAAAUGUACAUGUUUCCAAAAAGAAUGUAGAGGCACAACCUGGCCAUCAAAUAAAUGUCACAGUGACUUUCACAAGGAAAGCGCAGCCUAGCACAGAACACAGGCAUGUAGCAGCCCAGGAUGGGGUUAAGGCCAGGCAAUCCAACGACUCCGAAUUAUCUGAAGAUGAGGCUGCCGACCUUCGCUACGCGAGUUUGUACGGGCGGCUGGAGGCUGAGGAUGUCAGUACAGCAGAAGAAACAAGCCAGAAACCUGCAUCUUGGGAUGAAACUAGUGAGACAAUGGAAGCAGCCAUGGGUCCUUUGGUUAAGAGCCCUGAAUCUGAAAGUGCUGUCGUUCCCGCUGAAAUGGAUGUCGUUCCCGCUGAAAUGGAUGUCGUUCCCGCUGAAAUGGAUGUCGUUCCUGCUGAGAUGGCUCCCAUCCCUAUGGAGACUCCCAUUGUGGAAGUAACUGCCAGCACCCCCACUCCGGUGGACUCUGGUCCAGAGUUGGACAUGGCAUUUGUGACCAAUGGAGAGGCUGAGGUUGAAGCAAGCAAGCAUGUUGACACAUCUUCAGAAAGCACUGACAUGCCCCCUGGAUUCUUGUACAAGGUGCAGGCCGAGCAUGACUACACUCCGCUGGAUGCUGACGAGCUGACUCUCCUGCGUGGAGAUGUGGUUCUCGUGUUGUCCUUUGAAAACGCCGACGAACAGGAUGCAGGAUGGCUCACAGGAAUCAAGGAAGCUGAUUGGUUGGCAUACAAGGACCUAAUGGGCCGUAAGGGUGUGUUUCCAGAAAACUUCACUCAACGUUUGGAGUAGUAGAGUUCUUUCAAUGGCUGAUUUUGCUUCAUCCACGUUCUUGUUUAACACAUCGACACACACAAAACAAUAUUUUCACAAUUGUUUUCCUGAUUUCAGAAAUGGUAUCAACUAAAUAUAAAACAGUUUUGUUUUUUGCAACUGCUUUGUUUGAAAGCAUAUCCCGAAGUACGUGUGACUGUGUUUACAUUGAAUCACCUUGGAAUCCUAUGACUGCAGAGUUUGAAAGUAUUUUGCCAGACAUGCAGUAUUACAUACCCAUCAUUAUUUAACAUAAGACCUUGUCUACCAGUUCGGUAUAGCAAUUUACAUGCUCCUUUAAAGUGACGUUACAAGUGCUCAAAUGUUAUUUGUUAAACACUUGUUAGUUUUAUAUCAUGAUUCACUUCUCGGUCAUGUUUUGAAAUAAUAUCAAGUGUUCCUACAUUAUGUGCAGUUCAAAGGUUGAAAAUCUUUGAAGUGUCAACUAUUAUACCAGGUAGGUAAGCAGUAUGUGAAGAUGCUUCUUCACUAAGCCAAUGUAGUACUGCAGGUCUUUUGGCAAGGAAGUUUUUUGUCUUUUUUGCGCAUGCUUAAGCAAUAAGGACUAACCAAUGUGCAUUUGAAAAGUAGCAAGGUUUAUUCAUUGGCUGAUUUUUCUCUCCUCUACAUUUGUAUAACAUACACUCGCAGAACAAUAUUUUCACAUCUUACUCAAAGGAUAUUUCAAAUAAUUCGUAAAUGGGCUAACAUCGGAGGAUUUAGGCAAGGUGUGAUUUGCCAACUUUCCAUUGGGGGAAAAUUAUAGUCUAACCAUCCCCAUGACUGACACGGAAUGCGGAAGCCUUCAUCCAAAAAAUAAUUGCACACAUAACAGGUAAUAUUGCCUCAAUUUGUUAUAUACACUUUCGAAUAAUAAUAAUACAUUUUACCUUGGGAAGCCUCACUGAUUUUCCUCAAUACUUUUUCAGGACGAUCAUUCUACAUUUAAAUGUUUGCCCAUUACCAAUAAUGGGUGUUUGACUUCUUGUGGGACAAAACUACAUGAGGCGGUGACAUCGAGGGAUUAAAUGAUCAAUUGAUCCUUAUGGCAGUACCUCGGGGUAUCAAAUAAUACAAAAUAGCCGAGGCAAUUCAAUAUUUAAUUUCUGGGACACUUUUCCAGGGGUGUACUUAAAUCCGCGACUGGGGUACCAAUCAAUCCGAAAUCAGUGCUAUGCGAUGUUGAAACGCGGCGAGGACGAUUGCGCUGAAACUCUGAACACUUGUAUGCACCGCAGUGCACCGUGUACAGCUUGUCGAGAUGAGUCGAUUGCCGCAUCGCCGACCAUCAACAGACUAAAAAUUACUGCAUCACGGACAUUGUGCGAGAGCCGGGGUACCGCCAUAAGGUUCAAUUGUCCUUCCAUCUUCUGGCCACUUUGCAGCCAGCCCCAAACCUAAGCAUUCAAGUAUGAACAAAAUCUUUUAUAUCCAGAGGGUAUAUAAUUAGCUCCCUCCCCGGGUAUGAUGGUUGAAAGUGUAGUCAUGGGGAUAAAAGGAUUUAACAGAAAGCAGAGCCCUGACUAUCAAAUCGCAUCCCGGUUGUAGAUGUGGAUUUCCUUAUUUGGAAAUUAUAUUAGAUCAUUGCCAAGGAGAAUGCAAAUUUAGGUAAUAAUGUCUCCUAUAUUGUUCAGGUGACAAUGACAAUGUAAUUUCUUACUUGGUCUCAAGGUCUAACAUUAAAUUACAUUUUUACAAGUCGGCAAGCCAUUGGUAUCGUGUGUUUACCAUAGUUAAUGCCGUAUAUGUGUUGUGGUAGUUAGGGUUAUGUUAUUUCCCUUUUGUGUAUGUAUGCAAAUGUGGUUAUAUUUAUAUAAAUAUGCAAUAUAUUAUUUGCCACUUAAAUGAAUAAACAAGUAAAAUGUUAAAUACUCCUUGUCUGAACAUAUAUGUAAGACAAAUCUGUCAAUAAAUAUAUUAAAUGCAAUCCUGUG